AUGUCAAAUCGGGACUGUGUGCGGACAAACUUGAACAAGGAAAAUGACGGCCCCGUACAUUCAGAAACCGAUGCGCUGAUGACAGAAGGGAAACCGCAAGAGAGCUUGAGGGAUCGCCUGGCUGGAAUUCUCAAACACGAGAAUCCCGUAGGCAUGACGGUUCUGGUCAUUUCCACUCUGAACGUCUUCUUCGCCCUCUUCGGCAGCGACUUGCAACUGGCGUUCUUUGAUAAAUCAGCAGAUACCGCAUUCCAAAUCGGCUUCAUCGUUUCCCUCGUCCUUUUUCUCACAGAAAUGAUUGUCACAAUUCUCGUAGACGAAAACUAUAAGUGGAGUUUCUUUUUCUGGCUGGAUGUUAUCGCGACUGCUUCUCUUUGUCUCGACGUUCCGUGGAUCAUUGAUCCAAUAUACGCGUUCCUCUUCGACGCUAAAACACAUCGCAGCUCUCAUGCAGGAACGACCGCAGCCAGGGCUGGCAGGGCCGGAAGAAUAGGUGCGAGGACCGGCAGGGUAACACGGAUCCUACGAAUCAACAGAAUGAUCCGCGUUGUUAAAAUGUCCGACGUCUUCGCGUACUUCCAAAAGGACAAACGAAAUGAAGAUGAUGACGCGGACAGUAACAUGGGUGCACCUCCAUCACAGGAGUCAAGCCCACAAAGACGGCCGUCAAAAAGUCCGAAGAUCGAGGCAAGCAGGCUCAGCAAAACGUUAUCCGAUUCGAAUACGCGGAAGGUGGUUGUGAGCAUCCUGCUAAUUUUGACUGUUCAGCCACUGCUCAUGCCCGACGAGGAAGACAAUACCGCAGCAGCAGGUCUUCCCAUGCUCUUCUACUUCGGCAGUAGCCAUACGAAACAGAGCUGCGACCAGCAAGGCUGGGACUUUCCAUGUUCAAAAUUGAACAUCGCCGGCAACAAACCUGAAAAAGGUUGGCUGACUGCAGAAGGCUGGGAGAAACUUCUCUGGGUUUACAAACAGAGUUACAAAGGAACGUACUUGAGCGGAGAGUCCUUUGAGCGACAGCUGCUCUCUUUGGAGGUACCGGACCUAGAAGGCGGAGGCAGAGUGCAGCCCUUGAACAAAAUAAGUUCCACUGAUGGUGGAUGGGUUUCCCAUCCGGAAUGCGUCUCGUGCUCCUUCACCCAUACACUAGUUAUCGAGCCCAUAGAAAAGAUGGUCCAAAUCAUCAAACAGCUCGCACGAGAUCCUCUAAAGCGGCCACAAGUCACUGACAGUGACGAAGUCGCCACCUCGAAGAAGAAUAAGAAUGAGAGCAAGCUUGAAACAAGCAUGCUGGAAAACACCAUCUUAAAAAUAGGAGGCCUCAUGCAGCUGGGAUUUGGUCAAGCUGGAGCAGAGAUCAUUGCUCAGAACAUGUCCUCUGAAGGGGGCAGCCUGGACCUGCUCAUCCCGGGGAGGAAAGUCUACGGCGUCUAUGGAUUCGCGGAUAUCGUCAACUUCCAGGAUAUUACAGAGUGCCUCUCCGAGGAAGUCAUGGUCUUCGUCAAUAAAAUUGCUCGGAUCGUCCAUCACUGUGUCAACGAAUGGGGAGGAACAACGAACAAGAAUAUCGGUGACUCAUUUUUUGUUGUUUGGCUCGUGGACGACGAAGAAGAAAGGGACGUGGCUGAUAACAAGUCCCUCUCCCGCACGUCGGUGUUAGGCAUCGGCAAGAACGCGCAGACAGACACAGCUGUAAAAAAGGUGAAGGAGUUAUGCAAUCGGUCGCUGUUUUCAUUUUUAAAGAUCCUUGCGGAAUUCGGUCGUGCUUCGGACUUAGCGACGUACGCGAAGCAUCCAAAAAUAAUCCCCCGCUUUGGCGCUGGGUACAAUGUACACAUAAAUCUCGGUCUCCAUUGUGGGUGGGCAAUACAAGGAGUGAUCGGUUCGAAGUUCAAAAUCGACGCAUCAUAUUUCUCCCCUCAUGUGAAUCUAGCAGCACGUCUACUGGGGGCCACCCGUCAUUUCGGAGUGAAUAUCUUGUUCUCCGACGAGUUCCAGUCCAACCUCUGUGCGCAAGCCCAGUCUCGUUGCCGGCAGGUCGACUGUGUUGUCCUUAAAGGUACUCAUUGUCCAAUUAAAAUAUUCACGUUUGACAAUAUUAGACACGCUUUUGAGGGGAUCCAAAUUGUCCCGCCCAAGUUGGGAAAAUUCCAUCCACCUGAUGAUGCUUCAGAAACGAGCGAAAACGUCGACUGGAUGUUCAUGGUGGAUCAAGAUAUUGCAAUGAUGCAGAGAGGAAUAACGGUGGAGUUCCAAGGCAUGUGGAGACAAGCCCUGGACAACUACUUGCGGGGCGAGUGGGGCAAAGCGGAAGAAUUCGCUAGGAAAUGUCUCAUGGUAAUGCCAGAAGAUGGCCCUUCAUUGCAGUUGCUCAAUUACUUGAAAAGCUUGGACGGUGUUCCACCUCCAGACUGGCAAGGUUAUCGAAACAUGCAAAUGAAGUAA